GAACAGCUGAUUGCAGUAAGCAGUACUGCCAACUGCUGCGUGUGAAAAGUUGUUGUGACGUGUUUGGGUAUAUUUUCCUCGCAUUUUAUUUACAUUUUUCCAGGAAAAUAGCCCAAAUAGCAUCUGGAAAUGAUACACAGCCUGUUCAUAAUCAACUCCAGCGGGGAUGUUUUCCUGGAAAAACAUUGGAAAAGUGUCGUUCCACGCUCAGUCUGUGACUACUUCCUGGACAUCCUGCGCGCCAAGCCCAAUGACAUUCCACCCAUAAUAGCCACUCCUCAUCACUAUCUCACGUGCAUCCAAAGGGGAGGAGUGUACCUUCUAGCCGUCUGUAAACAGGAGUUUCCUCCGCUCUUUGUCAUUGAAUUCCUGCACAGAGUCGUGGAUAUCUUCGAUGAUUACUUCUCCGAGUGCACCGAGACCACCAUCAAGGAAAACUACGUGGUGGUGUAUGAAUUGCUGGAUGAGAUGCUGGACAAUGGCUAUCCCUUGGCCACUGAGAGUAAUAUCCUCAAGGAGUUGAUUAAACCGCCAAAUAUCCUCCGGACAAUCGCCAAUACGGUCACCGGGAAGUCCAAUGUGAGUGGAACUUUGCCCUCUGGCCAGCUGUCAGCCAUUCCCUGGAGACGAACUGGCGUCAAGUACAACAACAACGAGGCGUACUUUGAUGUUGUGGAGGAAGUGGAUGCGAUCAUAGACAAAUCCGGCUCGACUGUCUUCGCAGAGAUUCAGGGCUACAUCGAUUGCUGCAUCAAGCUGAGCGGGAUGCCAGAUCUGACGCUGUCCUUCAUGAAUCCGCGUCUCUUCGACGAUGUCUCCUUUCAUCCGUGCGUCCGGUUCAAACGGUGGGAAUCUGAGCGGAUUCUGUCCUUCAUUCCGCCCGACGGCAACUUCCGCCUCAUGUCCUACCACAUUGGCACGCAGACAGUCGUCGCCAUUCCCAUCUACAUCCGUCACAAUCUCAUCCUGCGCAACGGGGAGCAGGGAAAGCUGGAUCUGACCGUGGGGCCAAAGACGACACUCGGCAGGACGGUUGAGAAUGUCAAAGUGGAGAUUUGCAUGCCGAAGGCCGUUCUCAAUUGCAUCCUAGUGGCCAAUCAGGGCAAAUACACCUUCGAUCCAGUCACCAAAAUCCUCCACUGGGACGUCGGCAGGAUCGACAUCACCAAGUUGCCAAAUAUUCGUGGAGCGAUCGCUGUUCAAGCGGGUUGUGCAUCCAUAGACACCAACCCGUUUAUCAAUGUACAGUUCACCAUUUCCCAGUUGGCUGUGUCCGGGCUGAAAGUAAACCGAUUGGACAUGUAUGGCGAGAAGUAUAAACCGUUCAAAGGCGUCAAGUACGUGACGAAGGCGGGUAAAUUUCAAAUUCGGAUGUAGUUUGAGUAAGAACGAAAAUCUUCAGAGAAAUCUCAUUCUUAUCGCUGUUCCGACAUCUCUAUUUUUCGAUACAAAUAAAUGGCUAAAUUAGGACAUCUAAA